UCGCUCGGAUCUCCAGGCAAGACCUCGGCUCCCGUGGCAGCAUCAGACAGGCUCGUCCUGUGCUCCCAGCCUUUGCGCCCCAAGGAGGCGCAGAGUGCGGCAACCGCCGCUGAGCCGCCCGCACCGCCCCAGGCCCGUGCAGCCCCCGCCAAGAGCACGGCGCGCGCAGCCGUGUCGCCCCCCACCCAAGGCAGGGGCAGCGGCUGCUCGGACUUGGGCUUCUGGGAGUACGGAGGUCCGACGCGGGAGGUGUCGGCAGCCCUCUCCCUUCUCGCGGCGGCGGCGGCUGGAACCUUGGCCGCCGCCUCCGGCGUGCCCUCGCAGCCUCGCGCAACCCCAGGAUUGCGAACUCGAACCCCUGACCUACGGGGCGGGGCUCCGCGCUCCUGCCCUCGGCCCGGAUGGGUCUCCUGGCUGGGACUCGGGGCACCUGGAGUUAAUGUCCAACUGGAGGUCUGCGGAGACCUGAUCCGAGGUGCCGCCGCCGGACGGGACUCUAAGAUGAAGUUAUGGGAUGUCGUGGCUGUCUGCCUGGUGCUGCUCCACACCGCGUCCGCCUUCCCGCUGCCCGCCGGUAAGAGGCCUCCCGAGGUGCCCGCCGAAGACCGCUCCCUUGGCCGCCGCCGCGCGCCCUUCGCGCUGAGCCGUGACUCAAAUAUGCCAGAGAAUUAUCCUGAUCAGUUUGACGAUGUCAUGGAUUUCAUUCAAGCCACCAUUAGGAGACUGAAAAGGUCGCCAGAUAAACAAAUGGCAGUGCUUCCUAGAAGAGAGCGGAAUCGUCAGGCUGCAGCUGCCAACCCCGAAAGUUCCAGAGGAAAAGGUCGGAGAGGCCAGAGGGGCAAAAAUCGGGGUUGUGUCUUAACUGCAAUACACUUAAAUGUCACUGACUUAGGUUUGGGCUAUGAAACCAAGGAGGAACUGAUUUUUAGGUACUGCAGUGGCUCUUGCGAUGCCGCUGAGACAAUGUAUGACAAAAUACUCAAAAACUUAUCCAAAAGUAAAAGGCUGGUGAGCGACAAGGCAGGUCAGGCAUGUUGCAGACCCAUCGCCUUUGAUGACGACCUGUCAUUCUUGGACGAUAACCUGGUUUACCAUAUUCUAAGAAAGCAUUCCGCUAAAAGGUGUGGAUGUAUCUGACUCUGGCUCCAGAGACUGCUGCGUAUUGCAUUCCUGCUACAGUGUAAAGAAAGGGACCAAGGUUCCCAGGAAAUGUUUGCCCAGAAUGGAAGAAGAGGACCAAGAAGGAGGAGGAGAAGGAGGAGAUGGAGGAAGAAGAAGAAGGCAGCAGGCAUGGGAGCCUGGUAGAGGAGGAUCCAGCCACAGAAAACUGGACAGAAGAGAGAGAGAACAAAAGGCUGUCAGGACUCUCCAGGAUGGCCGCCCAUGUCAGCAGAAGCUCGGGGCUGGCGUCCCUGGCUGCCUGUGGCAUCAUCCAUUGUCACCAGUCGCCGGUGCAGGUGCGAAUGCGCUCAGAGAACCACAUUCGUGUAUCUCUUGUGGUUUGCAUUCAUAUGUCAAGAGAUAUUGGGGAGCCCAUCCACCUGAGGUCCACCCUUUGUCAUCACGUUUUCCUGCUCAAAGUCAGAAAGGAGCAUUUUCCUAUCACUCAGGGAUGAUAUCCCCUGGAAAGGAGAGGUGGGAAACGAUUGGAGGAGCAAUAGUAAUAGCCUUUGAAUUGGAAAGGUGAGGCCUGGGGUUUAGUAUUACCAGCAUUGUGGGGAGGAUAACAGUUGGUGGUUGACCCUGAACAUGGUGCAAAGGGUGAGAAGAAAUUGUUUAGGAAUCCAAAAGGCUGUCCUCAUGAUUUCAAACACACCUGAGAGCAUUUCCUUUCUGUCCUUGGAAACAGAAGAGUUGUGGUUUCCGGUGAUGGCAGCAGCACUGGUAUAGGAGAGCGAGUGGGGAAGACCCGGCGGCUGCCCUUUGGGCAGGCAGCCCAGCCCCCCACCCUGGCCUGUCAGUUUACAGAGAGACAGACGUUACAUACCCAGCUCCACUGAUGCGUGGUCACCAGUGACCAGACAAGCUAAUCGAUGCAAUGCAUCUUGUUUCAGAUACAGAAAUAUAGAGAAGAUAUUUAUUGAGAUUUAAGUUAUUGUUAUUUAUUACCAUUCACUAAUGAAUUUCUCUCUCUUCCCUUAUUUAUUAAAGUUUCUUUUCAAAGGUGCCAAAGUAUAUGUGCUCGCAAAAUGCAAAGAUAGGUGACAAGAGGAAAUUUUAAUGGGGGACGAGGGUCCAGAUUUUUCAAAGUAUUAACAAGUCUUUCACUAGGCAAAAAUCACUUACUUUACCUUUUAAGAAAAUCCCAAAUCCCAGUAGCUUCCCUAGGUUUCAGUUUUUUCCAUUU